UUGAUUUUGUUUUCCGCUGCAAUUCAGGUCCAACAGUUAUCCUGAAUAUACGUAUAUUUGUGCACAUAAUAUUUUAAAUCUAAGUCGGCGCUACUAUGGCCGAUGUGCGCGAUAUUCUGGACCUGGAGCGUCCGGUCACACCGGAAUUGACCAAGGAGUCAUUGCUCACCAAAAACAAAAAGAUCUAUGAAAAAAAAAUGGCUGUCAAACGCCCGGAGGGCAUGCAUCGAGAGGUUUUUGCUUUACUGUACAACGACAACAAGGAUGCAUCGCCACUGCUACCGACAGAUACUGGAACCGGAUAUAAACAAGCCAAAGCACGGCUGGGAAUGAAAAAAGUCCGCCGUUGGGAGUGGGCACCGUUCAUGAACCCGGCCCGCACCGAUAGAGCGGUGUUUCACCACUGGAAGAGAACAUCCGACGAGCAAAAGGAAUAUCCGUUUGCGAAGUUCAACAAGCAGUUGGAUAUUCCUAGCUAUACUAUGACCGACUAUAAUGCCCACUUGAAAACGCAUCCAACAAAAUGGACUAAACCGCAAACUGAUCAUUUAUUUGAAUUGGCUAAGCGAUUUGAUGUGCGGUUCAUUAUAAUGGCUGAUCGCUGGGAUCGGGCCAACUACGGAAGUAAAACGGUAGAGGAUCUUAAGGAAAGGUAUUAUGAAGUUGUUGGGAUUCUUAAUAAGGUCCGGGGUAGUCCAGAGAAAAAAAUCUACUUGUUCGAUGCUGAUCAUGAACGACGAAGAAAAGAGCAACUGAAAAAGUUGUUCGACCGAACUCCCAAACAAAUUGAAGAGGAACAGAUGCUGUUAAAUGAACUGAAGAAAAUUGAAGCCCGUAAGAAGGAGCGGGAACGAAAAACACAAGAUUUGCAAAAGCUAAUAUCGCAAGCAGAUCAGCAGCAAACUGAGCAGCAGCAACAGCAAGCUAGUGCGCACAAGAAGCAUGACAAAAAGCUGAAGAAGAAGAUCCAACAGCAGCCGCGUCCUUCUAAAGUAGACUCCGUGGUCAAUGCGGUGGAAACGGCUGGUAUCAAAUUUACGGAUUUACGAGGAACUGGUGUAUCACUGCGGUCUCAAAAGAUGAAACUUCCUGCCAACGUAGGUCAAAAGAAGGCUAAGGCUUUAGAACAGGCCCUCCAGGAGUUCAAAGUUGAUCCCAACCCUCCGCCAAUCGAGGAAAUUUGCGUUGCCUUUAAUGAGUUGCGUUCGGAUAUGGUACUACUGUGCGAACUGCGGACGGCUCUGGCGACUUGCAACUUUGAAUUGGAAAGUUUGAAGCAUCAAUACGAAGCACUUUGUCCUGGCAAGACACUCAACAUUCCGGCAGCAUUGGCCACUCCGGUAGGCGAAGAUUGCUCAACCGAUGCACAUGAUGUUUCCGGACUAGUUUAGAUAAGUUACUCCAUAAUUUUCUUGCAAAAUAUUAGUGAA